CACAAUAAUCAAUCUCGCAUUUCGUCUAUUCUUCAAAAAUCGCAAUAAGAUAAAUGCAUGCAAUAAUUUCUGAAUUUACAGUUCUGUUUAUCAUGUAUAUUAAGCUUCCUCAUAAUAUUUUGAGAAAUAUUGCAGUAUUUUUACCAUCUGAAAACAGGUUACAUCUGAAAUCAGAAAAACCUGUGCACCUAGUAAAGAUUUAAGGCAUGGCAGGAUCUAGAUAAUUAAAUUUUAAAUGCAUUUUAUAUUUCAAAAAAUUGUAAACUUUUAUGGAUUUUGAGUCUCCUUUUAUUUUUUCGUUCCCACACUUUAAAAGAAAAAAAAUUAACAGUAUGACAAUGUAGGAAAGGAAAAUUAAUAACAGGAAAGACAAUUUGCAAUAGGAAAGGAAAAUUAAUAACUGUGAGGAAAGACAAUUUGCAAUAGGAAAGGAAAAUUUACAAAGGGAAAGUAUAGACCAAAUGGAAAGGAAAAUUAAUAUAGUAUGAAAAAAAAAUUAACAAGAGGAAAAGAAAAAUUUACAAGAGCAAAAGAAAAAUUAAUAAGAGGAAAAGAAAAUUAACAAGAGGAAAGAAACUUAUUCCAUUCAAUUAUGUUUUUUUCAGAUGAUGAACAAAUGAGAAAGAAAAUGAUAUUUAAGUUUGGGGUGACAGUGGUCAUUCUGAUUGCCGUGUAUCUGUACUAUGUCACUCAGAAUGAAAAGUCUGAAAAUAUCAGUUUACUGAAAAAAGAAGAAGAUAUUGACCUAAAUCAUGUACCCGAAAAACUUGAUGAGGAACAUGUUGAAACAGAUGAAAAAGAUAAUGACCAUGAAGAUAGACCAAUACAUUCAAGUCAUUGGAAGAAUGGUAUACACUUGUCUGUAGUAGCAUGUGGAGAUCGAGGAGACGAAACUAUUGUAUUGUUAAAAUCAGCGGUGUUGUUUACCUCUGAACCUUUAGUCUUUCAUAUAUAUGCUGAACAUGAACUUCAACCUAUGUUUAGACAAAAGUUGGAUUACUGGCCAGGGGAAUACAAACACAAAUUUCUAUAUUACCUGUAUAAUAUAACAUUUCCUACUGAGAACACACAAGAUUGGAAGAAAUUGUUUAAACCAUGUGCAUCACAAAGACUUUUUAUACCUUCAUUGUUAACAGACGUGGAUAGUUUGUUAUAUGUUGACACAGAUAUAUUAUUUUUACGACCUGUGGAGGAGAUUUGGAUGUUUUUUGGUAAAUUUAACAGUACACAGCUGGCUGCCCUUGCUCCUGAACAUGAAGAUAAAGCUGCUGGCUGGUAUAAUAGAUUUGCUAGACAUCCUUACUAUGGAGAACUAGGUGUCAAUUCCGGUGUGAUGCUUAUGAAUCUUACUAGAAUUAGGAAAUCUACCUGGUUAGACUCUAUGAUGAAAUAUUAUAAAGAAUACAAAUUAAAAAUUACAUGGGGAGAUCAGGAUCUCAUCAAUAUUUAUUUUCAUUUUAAUCCAGAUAAGUUAUAUGUUUAUCCAUGCGAGUGGAAUUACCGUCCAGAUCAUUGUAUGUAUAUGAGUGUAUGUAAAGACAUAGAUAUAAAUGGUGUGUCAGUUUUACACGGCUGUAGACGUGUCAUGCACAACGAAAAACAACCAGCUUUCAAAGCAGUUUACACAGCAUUUAAAGAGCACAACUUUUCAUCAAGCAUAGAAAAAGAUUUACUGAAAAAUUUGAAGAAACUAUUAUCAAAAACCUCAAAUACACCUUGUGGGCAGAUUGGACCAUUAGUUUAUACAAAGCACAUAGAGGAGUUUGUGUUGGUAGAGAAAAACUUGUUGAGCUAAUAUACGAUUUCCUAUUAUUGUAAUGUGCCAUUCCGUAGCGACAGAUUGGACCGUUAGUUUAUACAAUGCACAUAGAAAAAUUUGUGUUGGUAGAGAAAAACUUGUUGAGCUGAUAUAAGAUUUCCUAUUGCUGUAAAGUGUCAUUCCAUGUGGACAGAUUGCACCACUAGUUUAUACAAAGCACAUACAGGAGUUUGUGUUGGUAGAGAAAAACUUGUUGAGCAAAUAUAAGAUUUCCUAUUGUUGUAAUGUGCCAUUCCGUAGCAACAGAUUGGACCAUUAGUUUAUACAAAGCACAUAGAGGAGUUUGUGCUUGAAGAGAGAAAUCUGUUGAGUCAAUAUUUGAUGUUUUAUAAUCGAAAUGUGCCAUUCCAAAUUUUUCUUCUUCAUACAUAGUAGGUUAGACAUAAAUAGUCAAAAAAUAUUUACACUACAGCUUUGAUGCAUUUUGUCAUUUUCACUCCUCCGCUGUUUGAGUAGGUAUAGAAUGUAUCUAACUUCAGCUAGUCCUCUGUAGCCACAUCUUGUCUUUCAUGCUGAGAUUUCAACAUACAAUACCUUGGCAAAACAAGUCAAGUUUUGCUUAUGUUUAACCCCACUACAUUCUGUAUGUGCCUGUCCCUUGUCAGAAGCCUGUAAUCCAGUGGUCGUUUGUUGCAUUUAAAUCAGGCCACUAGUUAUUUUGUUUGAAAUUGUUUUACAUUUUUCAUUGUAGGCCUUUUAUAGCUUGCUAUGUGGUAUGGGUUUUGCUCAUUGUUGAAGGACAUACUGUGACUUAUAGUUUCUAAAUUCUACGUCAUUUAUUCCUGGUGGAGAGUUGUCUUACUGGCAAUCUUACCAAAUUUUCUAAUUUUUUAUUAUUCAAUACAUUCCUUUGUAUUUUACAAUACUUUAGGUUAAAGUUGAGUGCACAAGAGUGGGCUGUAGAUGAUGGGCAGGUGAGAAUAACAAAAUACCCCCCAGCUGUAGUGUAUACAGACCAAUUGUAAUUAUGUCAAUGUAAUCUGCAGAUUUUCACUUUGCAUUAUUUUUGUCGCUUUAAUGUAAACUGUUUUGGAAAUAAUUUGUAGAUUGAAGGCAAAUGGGUAACUAAAAGAGGGGAGUUUUCUUUUUUUCAUUCCAAAUGUUUGUGUUCAAGUUUUAUAUUGGAGGUUUCUAAUGGGACCACAGGUAAAAUUUAUGGCAGCUUUAAAUUUUUUUUCAUUUAUAUACGUCUUAAACUCAGUGGAUUCAUUCAUGUUUGUUGGUACCAAUUUUCAUUGAAUAAGAAUGUUCGCUACUCAUGUUUUUGACUUUUUGCCAGAUAUUCAGAAAUCCUUUAGUUUUAUCCAUGUACAUAAUGUAGUGCCAAUACAAAUUUUGCCCGCUAACCCCUACUUUCCUUUCCAUGAUUUUAUUGCAUAUAGUUUAAAUAGCCAUAUUUAAAAAUCUUAUAAAAUCCUUGUUAUUUUUUCAUAGUUUUUGAAAGAAAAAAGGUGCCAAUGUUGAAUGUAUGAAAAAUCUAGAGAGAAUUAUUUCCCGCCAAAUUUUCAAUUGAUUAUAUCUCAAAAACAAGGACACAAACCUGUUAUUAUUUUCUACUUUUCAAUUUCCUUUAUUUAUAUACUAUCAAUUUAUAACAGUCUUGUAAAAAGCUUGUUAUUUUGAAACAGAGGAAUGAACAUCCUUAUAGAAAAAACUGUGUCUUUGUUGAAUCAUUGGUCCACCCUUAACAAAUUCUUUGAUUGAUGUUGCCUACCCAUGUCUUGUAGGGUUGGUUAGGUAGGUAGUGAUUAAUUUUUUUUUUUUGGCCAACAACAUAAAUUACAUGUUUUCGACAAAAAUGGAGCAUAAAAUAAAAAAAAAAAAAAAAAAAAAAAAAAAUAGAAACAUUUUGUGUUAUAAACACUUUCGGGUAGGCUUGCUUUUUAGGUGGGUAGGUAGGCAACACCAAACAAUUUAAAUUUUAUUUGACAUUGUACUUAAGGUAUUAAAGUUUGAACAGAAUAAAAGCCCAAUGUGAAAUUUGUUUAUUUUGUAUUUUGUUGUUCCACUGUUCCGGUAUUCAUGGUAAUCAAAUAAUGACUACAUAAUUUUAUACUUUUUUUACAUUUUCCACAAAUAACACAGUUUACCCACAAAAUCAUAUUUUCCUCUUAACUGUAAUAAUUAUUUCUUGGAAAGAAGUUCGAGUUAAAAGUCUCUUUUUUUUAAACUUGAACCUGUUGAAAUGAAAAUAUUGGUUGUGAUAUGUCUUUUUUAUAUUGAAUGGCUAUUGUUGUGAUAUGUCUUUUUUAUAUUGAAUCGCUAUUGUUGUAAUUUAUUUUGCUAGAUCAAAAUCAUUAUAGUUGGGUUGAAUAUGUUUUUGAAGAGUUGCAAUUAUUAUCACUGCCUAGUUAUAUAGACAACUCAUGUGUGGACAUCAAUUUUCUUGCAAGUGUCUAUUUUUUUUAAAAAUUAGUGAAGCUUUUAAAAGUGAAUUAAAAUUUAAUUCAGUGAAGCUUUUAAAAGUGAACAAAAAUUUAAUUUAGUGAAGCUUUUAAAAGUGAACAAUAUUAAAAAAAAGAUUAAUGAUAAAGCAAGGAAAUUAAAAAACACAUAAGACAUCUAGUACUUUUUUUAUUCAGAGGGAUUUUUGAUAUAUUUUCAUUCUUUGUUUUUAUUAGCAUAGGUCUUGGUGAACCAUAUCAUAUAUGUAUAGAAUUUAUUUAAAAAAUAGUUGUGCCAGUUUUAGUUUAGGACUUUCGACUUAGUUUGACCCAUAGAUUUAAGAUGCAAGGUUGAAAAAAUUCUUUAUUAUCUAUGAUAUUGAAGCUGAUCUUCAUUAAAAAAAAAAGAGAUAAAUGAUACACUAUAUGAUAUAUAAGAAUCAGAAAGGAUCAGCCUUGUUUCAGAAUAUUAAAGAAAAAACAGACGUCAAAACUUUUGCUAUAUUUCUUGGGUGAGAAUUGCUAUAUUUUUUUGCUAAGAAUUAUUUGUUUGUUAUAAAAUGUUUAAAGAGUAGUUUAUAUGUAUACCUUAGAACAUCACUAUAUAAUUUAACCUUUAACUACAAUCCCGUCCCCUUAUCCCCAAAUGUGACCUACCGAAUUAGAAUUAUUACUGAUUUGUACUGACAUGAGCAACAGGACAGGUUUCACAUGUGGAGCAGGAUCUGCUAACCCUUUUGGAGCACCUGAGAUCACCCCCAGUUUUUGGUGGGUUUCAUGUUGCUAAGCCUUUUCUAUGUUGUGUUUUGUGUACUGUAGUUUGUCUGUUUGUCUUUUUCUUUUUAAGCCAUGGCAUUGUCAGUUUAUUUUUGACUUAUGAGUUUGAAUGUCCCUUUGGUAUCUUUCGCCUCUCUUUUGCAUAGGCUUCCAUGAUAUAAGAAUAUUCAAUUAUUGAAAAAUUUAUACACAAUAAAAAUUAAAAAAUGUGAAAGCAGUUAUAUCAACAACACUUUAGGGAUUGCUGCAGUAAUUUAAUGAGAUUGACAUGUAACAAUAAAAAUUAGUACAUGUUUUUGGGUAAAGAUUGCAUAAAAUGCAAUCAAAACCCUAUGGUACUGACUUGAUAUCUUAUCUUCAAAGGUUUAUCACUACCUUUGAUUGUUCAGACACAAUAGUGCAGUGAAGUAAUCAUUAUUUAGAUCAUAUCCAGUCAAUGCCAUACAGUUUAUUGAUGAUAUGUUAUACUUUGAUAUUUAAGUUACAGUAUGAUGUGCAUUUUGAAUUACCAUACUUCAUGUACUUGCCAAGAAAACAUUUUUUAUUAAAAUUUAUAUAAGUAAUGGAUGGUGUAUAAAUCUGUUAUAAAAAUAAGUUCAACUACAAAUGUACAAUCAUG